AUGUCUUCAGACGUUUCUCAACGCCUUACUGCAAUCGGUUCCAUUGCCUCACAAAAAGAUAAAACUAUUGAAUACAGGGCAUUACUAGACACAAUACUUGCCGGUUCAGAAACACCAAAUACUGAGGAUAUCACGAAGAAUACUAUUCUUGCCACAAAUUUGGAAACUUUUGUAGACUACAUAGUCCAAGAACAAGUCGGCUUGGUAAUUUCGCGUCAGGUGCUGACUGACUUUGUGCAAGGUGUCGGAAAAAUUGGAAAUAAUGAAGUAAAAAAACGCGUAUUGCACUUUUCCUUAUCGAAAAUUCAACCUCGUGUUGUUAGUUUUGAGGAACAGAUUUCAACUAUCCGUGAAAAAUUAGCUGAAAUUUAUGAAAUUGAAGAAGAUUUUAUAGAGGCAGCACGAGUACUUCAAGGAAUCCCAUUAGAUUCUGGUCAUCGUACUAUUCCCGAUGAAUAUAAGCUUUCAAUUUAUAUCAAAAUUGUCCGUCUUUUACUGGAGGAAGAUGAAGCUGUUUCAGCGGAGACCUAUUUAAGUCGUGCGUCCUUAUUAAUCCCAGGCUGUAAAGAUCAAGAGAUUAAUUUAACUUUUAAGCUCUCUCAGGCAAAGAUUUUCGAUUUCAAACGACGGUUUCUAGAAGCAAGCUCAAAAUAUCAUGAGUUAAGUUAUGUGACGGAAUUAGCUCCAGAAGAGAGGACACUUGCUUUAAAUGCAGCCAUUACAUGUGCCGUAUUAGCCGGAGCGGGUCCUCAACGUUCACGAAUGCUUGCUACACUAUAUAAAGACGAACGUGUACAACGCCUUCCGCAUUUCUCAAUCUUGGAGAAAAUGUACUUGGAUCGUGUACUUCGUCCGUCGGAAGUAAAAGAUUUUGCCGAAACUCUUAAAGAGCAUCAACGUGCUAUUCUUGCCGACGGGACAACUGUGCUUGAUCGCGCAGUGAUUGAACAUAACUUACUGUCCGCUUCACGUCUCUAUAAUAAUAUCACAUUUGAAGAACUUGGCACGUUGCUUUCAAUCUCGCCCGAUCAAGCCGAGCAAAUAGCUAGUUCUAUGAUUGAGCAAGGUCGAAUGCAAGGUACCAUCGAUCAAAUUGAACGUUUGAUAUUUUUCGAGACAGCCAAUACGGCGGGUGAAGGUAAUGAAGAUGUACCCACGGGGGUGCUGGGAGCUAAAUGGGAUUCAGCAAUACAGAACGUUUGUCAUCAUGUAGAAGAGAUUGUAAAUGCCAUUGGGAUCAAAUAUCCUCAUUUAUUACAAAAGACUACUUUCCAAUGA